AUGUUUCUGUCUCCGGAUCGCGACCUGUCGCCCGGAUCGCCCGAUCUCGGAGGACACACCCAGCGGUCCCCGAUCGGCCUGGGUCUCCGCGCCAUCUAG